AUGGCCAGCUCUUUGGGCGCUUUUAAUCUUUCUCGGUCUUAUAAUCCUCCCCUGAUUGCGCAAGAGAUUUCCUGCACAUAUCCUAUCAGUGACGUGUACGGCCCGACCCCCAGAUACGUUUACUACGCGUGCCUGUUCCUGAGUUUCUUGACUCCACGGUACGGCUGGCUGGCGCAUGCUAUUCUCGGAGUCGCUGUCGCGUACGCUGCAACUGCAGCCGUUCAGGCCUUCAUCCUGCUCUCGGCAAGACUGGUUCCGGCACCUGUUCAGAACGUAACGAUUCCAUACGUUCCCGGUACUAACUUGACAGGCUACUUCGCGGGUAUCGAUGCCCUAGUGACCAACACAGAUUAUGUCAAAAUCCAGCCCGAUUACCUAGAGCUUGAUAUCGAUGCCGUGACUAGUGUGGUUAUCACCGCAUAUCUCGUGGGGCUGCCAUUGCAAUGUUGGUCACGAAUCACCCGCGCAAGUACAGCCCUCCACAGACUGGUCUUGGCCUGGAAUCUGGUUAUGCUUGCUGCUUCCAUCUCGGUACUCAUUCUCUGGCCUCAUCUUAAUGUUGCCCCUGCCCAGUAUCGCUUCUGUUACGCUAAUGUCGAUGAUGGAGAUUCGUUCCAGAAUAACAAUGGCUGGGAUAGCGACUACUGGGAUCAAACAUGGAAUCAAACAGUAUGGCGCCUUUUUGGUCAACCUAUUCUCGACAAUGCUUUGUGGUUCAACUAUACUUCGAACUGCAUGUAUCCGUGCUUCAGCACUUCUCAAAUAUUACGACAAGCGUCCUCUCUGAGAGCUUCCGCAUUCACCCCGAAUGCUCCGGGAGCCAGGCUGCAUACAGAUGAUGGUUACAGCAAAGAUGAUUUCCAACCUUUGAUUUAUACCGCCAUCACCUGCUUCACGGCAGCUCAGCUAUUCUUGCUGGCUAUGGGCCGUUUGAAACUUUGCACAAGGCGGGUUCCCAUCUACGAACCUCGCCAGAUCUGGGCCAGGAGAAAAGAGAUUUGGCGGAGUUUUGACGACGAUUUUAAGCGAGGAUGGGCGCAUCUUACGAACAUCUUGCGGAGUCCACUGAAAGCCUUGAGAACACUACACUUACCUCGACAAAGGAACAUCACUACACCAAUUCGGCAACAUCCUCUCUUUCUAUUCAGUAUUGAUCUCCUGGUCAUGUUAGUACUGAUCGCGGCAAUGCUGCUUGGUCCUCUCACCGUUAUCGCAUUCAUUAUCUGGAUCGAACGUUACAUUCACCAGGAUGGCACGCCUACUGAGAGCCCACAGGCCGUCGGACAAUGGGGCAUCGCGGUUGAGUUGGGAGUUGUCCUUGUCGCUGCCUGUGUUCUCCGAUUGAAGCACCGCAUCGCCUCAGAGGAGGAGAUUAGGCGAGAAAUUGAGCAUCGAACGGUGGAGUUGGAUAAGCUAAGGUGUAUUGCAGACAGCAAAAGAUCGGAUGCACUGCCUAGGACAGAGGAACAGCAGACUAAAUAA